ACCAAACCAUACCAGUGAUGCGAAGAACGGCGGAGUGGGAGGGUGCCGCGGCUCCUGCUGCUGCUUCAUGACCACCUCUUGAACAUUGUCGCGUGCUCUGUGUAUCGGAUUUCGUGCCAACAAACGAGGCAUGUGAUACUGACGGGGACAAGUGCUGUGCGGGAAAUAACUGAAUGCCGCCUGUUCUCAGCCCCCUAGACAUGGUUAGGUGGUGUUAUGAGAUCCUGAAGGGCUUGAAUUUGUAUUAAUGUUGUGACUUACGCCGACAGAGAGAAAAGCCGAUGAUAAUUUAAGCCACAGAAGAGUGUGUGAAGGUGGUGGAAGCAGUGCCAGACUUGCUCUGCCUCUGCAUGACCGCUGGGCCUCGCCGGACACCUAGUUCAGUUCUCAUUACUAAAAUACUCCUCACGUCACACGGAUCGCACUGUCAGUUCACAGUCAUCUGCGGAACUCAGAUUUCCUCCCCAGGAUUGAAAUGAGCUAAGGUACACAAGAGAAAAUGAGCCAUGCCAGGGAAUCGAGCCGUGGUCAAUGUUAAGUGAAGGUGUAGGACGGCUGAUGCACCCUCGAUGUAACGACCCUCAACUCUACUUACACUACAGCAACACACACAGGCUGUUGAAUACGGCGUCACUGCCCCGUGUCUUGAAUACGAUAUGAAGGUAAACAAUGGUGCUUAACGAAGAAGUGUGCAAGAAAAGAAGGAUGCUAUAACGCAGCGAGCCUUCCACUGGCCCACGCUCUCCCCUGUGAACGAGACUCGCUUCCAUCCGAGUGUUAGCAGCAGGAACAGCAGUAGCAACAGCAACAUCAGCAGCAACAACAACAACAAUAACAACAACAACAACAACAACAACAACAACAACAACAACAACAAUGAUAAUAACAAAAACAACGACAACAACAUCAGCACCACCAUUGCCUCCACCACCACCACCACCAACAAGAACAACAGCAACAACAACAUCAAUAACAACGCCAAAAUGCUGCGGCGGCGCCUCGGUGUGCUGUUUACUGCGGUGCUGCUCACCCCAGCCUUCGUCCUCUUCUUUGUGUCCAGUCCUGACCUGAGUGGAGAGCAGGCAUUGGUGCAGAGAGUAGCAGAGAUGAGAGAAAGACUCCACCAUGCUGAAAUGCUCAACCAGCAACGGCUGCAGGAUGUGAUGGUGCUCUCACAGAAGUUCAACACCAUAUUGCAACCAACAGUCCUGCAGAAGAAUGGGACGGGCUACGGGCAACAGCUUUCCAAAGAGACCCGCAUGUUGCUCUCUAACCUGAGUCGCAGCAGUGCCCCAGACCUCCACCUCCCCUCCAUAUACAGUUACCUGCCACACCUGCUUCGCUCGCCAGAAUCAACCAGCCCUGCUUUUAAACUAUCUCGGGGCAGGCACUCAGUGAGUCUUGUGCUGGGGGUGCCUACGGUGCGGCGGGAAGUGCAGAGCUACCUCAUGACAACCCUGGCCAACUUGAUCACCUCCAUGACGCCCCAAGAGAUGAAGGAGUGCCUCAUUGUGGUCUUUGUGGCUGAGUGGGACAUUGAUUACGUCCAUCAGCUUGCCUCACAAAUUGAAAGGAAGUUCCCAGAGCACCUUGAGAGUGGCCUCCUGGAGGUGAUCUCUCCCCCUGAAUCUUUCUACCCUGACAUGAAUAAUCUGAGGCAGACUCUUGGGGAUCCCAUGGAGAGGGUCAGAUGGAGAACCAAACAGAACCUGGACUUUGCCUUCCUCAUGAUGUAUGCUCAGCCUAAAGGAACAUUCUAUGUGCAGCUUGAGGAUGACAUACAAACAAAAAAAGGCUAUAUUGCUACUAUGAAGAAAUUUGCUCUUCAGAAAACUGCUGAGAAAAAGAACUGGUUUGUAUUGGACUUCUGUCAACUUGGUUUCAUCGGAAAAACUUUCAAGACCAUUGAUCUGUCAGCAUUGGUGACAUUUUUACUUGUGUUCCACAAUGACAAGCCUUGUGACUGGCUACUUGACCACCUUGUCCAGAACAAAGUUUGCAGAUUUGAUCAACCUUCGAAACAUUGCAAGAAGGCUAAGGAGAAUGUAUGGAUCCACUACAAGCCAUCACUGUUCCAGCACAUAGGAACUCAUUCUUCUCUGAAGGGCAAGGUGCAGAAAUUGAAGGACAAGCAGUUUGGAAAGAUCCAGUUAUUCUUCCCUCACAACAAUCCCAGAGCCAGUGUGGAGACCAUGAUCAAGCCUUACAAGACCUACACUCUCCAGCGAGCAUACAGAGGGGAAUCAUAUUUCUGGGGUCUUCUCCCUCAGCAGGGCGACAAACUGCUGUUUAAUUUUGACCCUCCAGUCAGCCUGAAAGGCUUCCUGUUCCGCAGUGGAAAUGUGGAGCAUCCAUCUGACCGCCUGUACAACACUACGGUGGAGGUGCUGCCCGUCCAGCCUCUCUCCCGCCUCCCUCACAAUAUCAGAACAAAACUGAAAGUCACAAAUGAUAGUUAUUUAAUUAUAGGAGAGUUUGAUGACAUGGGAGUGGCAGAGGGCAGUGUGCAGGAAGGUCUUGGGGUGGUGAGAAGUCUGCGCCUCAGUGUACAUGAGGAGAGUGACAACUGGGCCAUCUUGAGUGAAAUUCACAUUCUGACCCCAGACUCAAGGUGACCCAGCCUGGCACUGGCAUUCACCCCCCAGUGCCGGUGUCACAGUUUAGUGUGCCAGCAGUGACUGUGGUUCCUCUUACCAAAUUCUGUCUUAAGAUGUUUUGUGUCAUAUAUUUUUUGGAAUAUUUAUGAUGUAUCAUAGUGUAGGCCUUGUCUUAUAUUACAGGAAAUUCUUAGAUGUCAAAUUUUCUCCAAGGGCUUAUGUUUUUAAGAUAAUUUUCUGUUGGAGGAUCUUGAGUCUCAGAAAAUUUACAUGUAGCUCAGUCAAGUUCACUUCAACAGACUGACAAUGAUCUGGUCAUUUUGCACCUUGGGGAAGUCUAGAGGUUAAGGUUAUGUUUAUAGUCCAGUGGUGUGCACAGCAUUUCCUGAGACAUGUGUUGAUGAAUGCUGUAUCGUGUGAUUCAGGACCUGCAGAGUUCUCAAGUGUAAAAAAAAUUGUUAUAAAUUAUAUAAAAACUUGUACAAUUUCUUCUAAUUUAUAUAAUUUCAUAGAACUUUUGUCAUGUAAGGCACACUGUGUAUGAUGUAAAUAUUUGCAACUUUUGUAAUAUAAUCCCAGAAUCUCUGUCCAUAAUAGUUAUAUAUAUAUAUAUAUAUAUAUAUAUAUAUAUAUAUAUAUAUAUAUAUAUAUAUAUAUAUAUAUAUAUAUAUAUAUAUAUAUAUAUAUAAAUCUAUUGAUACAUAUAUAUUAUUUUUUUUGCUGUAGAAGUGAGGAUUAGGAAACAAAUACGGCAAACCCUAAAGAUUAACGUAGGAUUUUUUGGCAUCUAGCCCAAAGAUCAGUACAUUAUACACAUGCUGAUUAUUCUGCAGGAAGAAUGAAAAUAUAAUGUCCUUACAGAAGCAGCACAUGAUAGCCAGUAUGUGACUGUGGUAUUACCCUGCAGUGAAGAUGACAGUAUUCAAGCUGCAUGUCUAUACACCAGGGGUCUCCAAUCCCUUCACUUCAUUUACCUCUUUGUGGAGUAUCAGAUCAUUCAUCAGUCCUCAGUACACUUAAGCAUUUAAUUUAGAAAUGUGGUUCCAGUAAAUACUACUUUAAGUAAUAGUACUCUUGUUGAUAGAAAUGCCCUAAGGCUGCUCUUGUUGACAGCUGACCCUCCCAUCCACUGUCUCACCUCACCUAACCUUACAUUGCCUCAUAUCACCUCACCUAACUUCAGCUACCUAAAGACUGAAGUGCAACUAUACAGGGACUCUUAAAUAUUAACUGAAGUACAGAUGACCUCUAAUUGAUCUUCCAUCAUUUACUGAUCACCAAUUGAUACCCUCAGAGAAUUAUUCAACCCAUUUUGAUCUCCAGCCAUCAAUUGAGCCCUUGCUUAGUUUCAUUGAUCUCUGCUGAUCAAUACUAACGACUUUGGGGACCACUGGUGUAGACCUUGACAUCUUGCAGAAAAGCUGGAUCUCAGUAAACACAUGAACUGCAAGUUGUCAUCAUGAUUCUCGAUUGCAUCCUUCAAGGGAAGAUAUGACAAGUGUCCUUCUUGGUGUCUGCUGGUCAGGUGACAGUAGACACACACCUGUGAUGACCGUGUGUCUUCCAUAGCAUUAAUAUUUGGGUCAUCCUCCAGGUGCAGUGUUUUCUGCCUCUCACAAGUGCAAGAGUUAACCAGUAUACUCCCUCUGUCAUCUCUCACUGGUAAACUUUAAAAUUUCUGUCCUCCCCUCUUUCUACAAGUUGAACUGCUUCAAGAAAAGAGUAUCAAGAAAUCUCUAGAACUGAUUUGACCCAGCCAUUUGUAUUUCUUUCCAACACACUUUUUUGGGAGAAGCAGUUUUUGUCAAAUGGAAAAGAAAAGUGUUAUCAGUCAUAAAUAAACUACCUAAGUCUUUUUACAUAAGCUUCUGGGGUUUUUUUGCUGUAGUUGUCUUUGUCUUCUCCAGGAUGUGAGCGAUCAAAAAUUUAUCUUGACCAUUCUACCUAUAAUGUGAAAAUUAAGAAAAUGAGACAGCUUUUUUAUCUCCUGUGAAAUAGAAAACUGACUUCGGCAGUUUACCUAUGAAGGAGGUACAUUUGUAUGUAUUUUUAAAGUUGAUCAAAAUUAAGCACUAUGUUUCUUCAUUGUAAAUAGAAAACUAAAAAUGAUCUGUUACAGUUAAUGUAUAAUAGGCUGAAGCUAGAAAACGCAAGAUACAAAAUAUGUUUCUGUGUCUGCAUCUUUCAGUGUAGCUCAAACUAAGAAAGUGAUGGAAAGGAAAGCUGCCUGGAGGAUUCUGUGCUGUGAAGGAAGCUUGUUAUGUCAUGCAAAAAAUUCUUCAUUCACGUCUAAGUCAUGUCAUCAUCUGUUAAGAUAGUAAAACCGUCCACGGAGCUGCACUAUUAACCACUACAUAAUUCAGGGACUGCAUUCUCAAACAUUUCAGCAUUUAACAGGCUCUAGUGGAAGUUAUUGGGGUUUUCAAGGAUGUUUUCAUGAUUCUAGUGAUAGUUUAAGAGGCUCUUGUAGAAGAUAUUAAGAAUAUCAAGGUAACAAGCUUCAAGACUAGUGAUAAUUUAACAGGCACUAGGGGAAGUUGUUGGGAUUUUGAAGGUGGUCUUCAUGAUUUUAGUGAUAGUUUAACAGACUCUAGUGGAGAUUAUUUGGAUUUUCAAGGGUGUUCUCAUGAUUUUAGUGGUUCUUUAACAGACUUUAGUGGAAGUUAUGGUGGUAUUUGAGGGUUUUCAUGAUUCUGGUGAUUGUUUAACAGACUUUAGUGAAAGUUAUGUAUGGUGCAUUUAAGGUUUUCAUGAUUCUAGUGAUAAUUUGACAAGAAUAUAUCGUCAAGGACACCAUGAGAACCCAACUGUGGCCUUUGAAAGUAGUCCUUAUAAGACAAAGAAUUUCAAAAUAUGGGCCCUGAAUGAGUUCCUUAAAAAUGUGUGAUCUGAUAACUUUUGUUUCCCUAAUGUAUUUAGGGAAACAUGAUCUAAGAAAAUAAAAGAUUGAUUAAUGUAGUGUCUGCUAAGAAAGUUUAGUGUGCACUCUUUAAUGUUACUGGUGAAAAGCAGUGAAUUAUCCAACACCCUUCAGCAUCUCUUCCUACUGAGGUGCCUCAUGUAUGCUGUCAACCACUGGCUACUGUAUUAUGGUGUGAACCUCAAGUACUGCAGAGAUUUUCCCCAUAAUAGUAAAGAAAAUGUGCUCUGCUUUUUUUGAGGCACUGCAUUAACCUUCAUAAGACUUAGUACUGUAUCAGUAAUUUCAUCCUUAUCCUCUAUGGGAAAUAUUUCUGUGGAUAUAUUUAUGUGAGCAUUAUGAAGAAUCCUGUGUUCAGAAUCCUAAAAUCUGGAAGGUUUCAAGUGGCAACAUUCUAUCAUUCAUUCAUGCUGUGAUGCCUGUAUGAAUGAAGCUAUAGAGAAAUGUUAAUGCAUGAUUACUGUGUUAAUAUCAGAAUGUUUGAUGAUAUGUUUUUAACCUCUGAUAUGAUAAUACAGUACUGGCCUUUUUAGUUACACACACACACACACACACACACACACACACACACACACACACACACACAUACACACAUACACACACACACACACACACACAUACACCUUUACUUACAAAAGGAGCUACAUUUUGAAAAUUUUACCAUAGAUAAAAAAUGCUAUAAGUUGAAAAAGCAUAACUAGAUACUCUAAUUAUAAUACAUUAACAUAUUGCUUGUAUUAUAUUGGUGUGAUAGUGUGAGUGAAUGAUGUACAACAACAGCACUUGAAAACUUCCACAUUUAUUUUAUAUCUGGGAAGGUAUUCUCAUUUUGUUGCUUAUAUCCACAGAAAUAAUCUGUAUAAUUCACACAUAAAUAAACACAAAAGUGCAUAUUGUGCAGCUCAGUAACAACCCUCAUACAAUAACAAACACCUUGUCCAUUCAGUGGAUGCACUGAUGUCAAAAGGAUUAUGUAUAUUGAUAGUAUAUUUUGAUAAACAACAAUUUAUCUACAAUAUCAUGCCUCAAUAACAUGUAAAUAAAAUAUAUUCACUGACUAGUGCACUCUGAACUUGGUGCUUCUUAUCAAGAAAUUAUACAAAUAUUAUUCCUACAUAGCACAGCAUGUGUUAUAUUAAUGUAGCUGCUGUUCUAUAGUAAAAUCAAUGCAGUCUUGAAAA